CAUAUCCGAAGACACCGCGUCUUGCGCACCAUGGAGAAUAAAGUUCCAAUACCAAGAAUUUCUGUGGCGCCUGGUCAGCAACAAAUUUCACGAACUCAUAAGGCAUGUCAGCCUUGUGGUGAAAAGAAGCGCAAAUGUAGCGGGGAUCAGCCGAUUUGUCGGCAGUGCGGAGAGGCAGGCAUUUACUGCAUUUAUCGCGAAUCCAAGCGUCAGCAAAGAGACAGAGAAGUAAAUGGUCUCGCGAAUCAAUUGCAAAUCAGCCAUGCAUUAUUGCGACAAAUACUGCCGGAGCUCGGUCCCGAUUCUGCUCGACAGACUAUGACAGACCUUGUCAAUCGCCAUUUGCCUCCCUUGGUGCAACAAUCCGGUUUUGCGGAUAAAGAAGUGAGCCCAGGCGAUAAUAUGCGAAGUACAGUAUCCGACCCUAAGGGGGAGGAUUCUAAUCGAAAUCUUAUAUACCAAGCAAAUGGCUUUGUGGGUGGUCAUUCUGAAAUUGCAUGGUUGUGCAAAAUGAGGAGAGAGUUUGAACAGAACCAGCGUCCAGCGACAGCUGGACACGAUCCGUGUCUCCAGUAUGAGCAGACGUUUCGAGAUUUGAUUACGGCGAUAGACUAUCCGAUGGACGAGAGUGACCUCCCUAUAGACAUGGAUGUCGACAUUUUCGGUGUGCCACUCCAGAAGAUCGCCGACGAUCUGAUCAAUCACUACUUUGACAUCGUACACCCAUUUUUUCCGAUUAUUGACAAACCAAUUUUCAGGGAACAGCUCGCGUCAUUCUAUUCGAAAAAAGAUGUGAGGCCAGGGAAACGAUGGUUAGCUAGUUUGAACCUCAUAUUUGCUAUAGCCUCCAGAUACAGAGGCCUAGCGUACGACGACAACCGAACAGGAAAUCGUGAUGAUCUGAAGUAUUUCUGCAAAGCAUGGAAGCUGUAUGCGACAGACUUGGCCUUGGCUAAUCAUCCAGAUCUUCAACAAGUGCAAGUCGAAGGUCUGAUCACUUUUUAUCUGCUUUCGAUCGGACAGAUUAAUAGUUCAUGGAGGAUCUGCGGCCUGUCGAUGCGGUCAGCUAUGACAAUGGGGAUUCAUCUCCAGAAUGAGAGUCCUGGCAUAUCUCCCAACUCCAAGGAGAAUCGCUGCCGGGUUUGGUGGUCUCUAUAUACACUGGACAUCACACUAUGUCUCAAAACCGGCCGUGGCCCCAACUUGAAUACUGAGUUCAUUACUGCUCCUCUACCACAGCCAUGUGGAGAUGAGGCAGUGUGGAAAGUAAGUGGCCCAGUAUUGAUCAGGAAGUGUAGAGGUCUCAGUCAAUUAAUUGGUCCGCUUCUAUUGAUGAUCCAGCACCAACAGCGUGAUCAAAAUCCAGAGAUAUCCUCGAUAGAUGUCACUAUACGUGACCGCCUGGAGAGGAACGAAGACGUGAACGGUAGCCUCGCACUUGAUACUUCGCGUUAUUUUCUUUCUUUUGUUCAGUUGACCCUUCUAAUGCGGCAGUCUAUUGAAUCACUACAUGCUCCUGCAGGUUCCAAAGAACCGUGGAAUGUCCGUGCAGCCAUCACCAUUUCACUGAUUACAAAAUUAGAUGAGUGGGCAUCACAGCUUCUACCUGAACUACAGUUCCAGGAUACAAAAGCGCAGUCUGAUGCUUAUACCCGGCAGCGAGUAGGCUUGGCAUUUCGUUCCUACAGUACAAAGCUUUUGCUUCUUCGGCCCUUUCUUCAUCGAGCGACGAGAGAAUCUAGCAGUGAAUUAUGCGAGAAGUUGGCCGAUUCAUGCGUGGAAGCAGCAUAUCAGAUGCUGUCACUGUUUCCUGACUGCCCUGACACUUCCUGGCUUUACGAAACCUCGCCUUGGUGGUGUACGCUUCAUUAUCUUAUGCAGUCAAUGAUUGUUUUCCUGCUGAAGCUGCAGCACGAGAAGCAAAAAGGCUUGGUAACGACGAAUGAACUUGCAAACUGUCUGGGAAAAUCUGUUCGUUGGCUUAGGGAUAUGUCGACCAGAGAUCCGCCAUCUGAACGGGCUUGGAAGAUUUGCAAGGAAAUCAUCAUGAAUCAUUUUCCCUGUAUAUAACGAAGCAAAUUCUACAAAUUAACGGUUUCCAUUUUAUGGUAGAAUAUUACAAUACAAUGACGGC